CAUUCACUGCUGGUAAGUCUCAGUUCAUAUUUGUAGCUAUACAAGACUUAAAGAGAAUAUGUCUUAUUGGUUUUUACUGGUGAGUUGGUUCAUUCUUGUGAUUGUUACUGGACAGUCAUCAGCUUGCAUCCGUCGAGAUUGUAAGGAGCUAUAUGAUGCAGGCUACAGAUGCAGUGGAGUAUACAAAGUGAAGCCUGAUGAACUACCAGCCUUUGAGGUCUACUGUGAUAUGAGUAAAGGAGGUGGCUGGACUGUAUUUCAAAGGAGAAUGGAUGGUUCUGUUAACUUCUACCUCAACUGGGCUGACUAUGUUAAAGGAUUUGGAGACCUCAACGGAGAGUUCUGGCUGGGACUUAACAAAAUAAACCGACUUACAGCAAGAAACCCCAGUUUUCUCCGUAUAGAACUGGAGGACUUUGCAGGGAUAAAAAAAUAUGCUUAUUACCACACCUUUGGAGUUGGGAACGCAGCUAGUAAGUACAAACUAACUGUCAUUGGAUAUAAAGGAACUGCUGGGGAUAGCCUGAGCUAUCAUAAUGGAAUGAAGUUCUCUACCAAGGAUCAAGACAAU